AUGGAGGAUAUUAGGAAUCGUAUGGGAUAUUGUGCUUUGAGUGAUAUAAAGAGUUAUGGGAACUUUUAUACAUGGAACAACAAACAGUUUGGUAGGCAAAGAGUAAUUUCAAAGUUAGACAGAGUCAUGGCCAAUAGUAGUUGGCAAACAAUUUUUUCAUCAGCUGAGGUGUGUUUUCAAAAUAAGGGAGAGUAUGAUCAUUCUCCUGCAUUGAUAAAUGUGUAUCCAAAGGAAGAUUCAGGAGAGAAACCUUUUAGAUACUAUAGAAUGUGGAAGGUUGCACCACAGUUCACAAGUAUGGUAUCUCUGGCUUGGAAUCAGGACAUACAUGGUACAAAAAUAUAUGUCAUUAUGACGAAAUUCAAACUGGUGAAAGUGGCUUUGAAAGAGUUGAACAAGCAAGGUUUUUCAGAAAUCCAUUCAGCAUAA